ACUACAGCUGAGACAACAACUACAGCUGCAACAACAACUACAUCUGAGCCAACAGCUGCAACAACUACAGCUGAGCCAACAACUACAGCUGCAACAACAACUACAUCUGAGCCCACAACUACGGCUGCAACAACAACUACAUCUGAGCCCACAACUACAGCUGCAACAACAACUACAUCUGAGCCCACAACUACAGCUGCAACAACAACUACAGCUGCAACUACACUUACAACUGCAACAACUUCAGCUGCAACAACUACAGCUGAGACAACAACUACAGCUGCAACAACAACUACAUCUGAGCCCACAGCAACAACAACUACAUCUGAGCCCACAACUACGGCUGCAACAAAAACCACACCUACAGCUAAGCCAACAACUACAGCUGCAACUACAACUACAGCUGCAACUACACUUACAACUGCAACAACUACAGCUACUACAGCUGUAACCACAACUACAGCUGCAACAACAACAUCAGCUGCAACAACAAGUACAGCUGGAACAACUACAGCUGAGCCAACAACUUCAGCUUUAACAACAACUACAGCUGAGCCAACAACUACAUCUGAGCCAACAACUACAGCUGCAACAACAACUACAGCUGAGCCAACAACUACAGCUUCAACAACAACAACAACAGCUGAGUCUACAACUACAGCUGAGCCAACAACUAUUGCUGCGACAACAACUACAGCCGCAACAACUACAGCUGAGCCAAAAACUACAGAUGCAACUACAACUACAGCUGCAACAACAACUACAUCUGAGCCCACAACUACGGCUGCAACAACAACUACAGCUACACCAACAACUACAGCUGAGACAACAACUACAUCUGUGCCAACAACUACAGCUGCAACAACAACUACAGCUGAGCCAACAACUACAGCUUUAACAACAACUACAUCUGAGCCCACAACUAUGACAGCUGCAACAACUACAGCUGCGACAACAACUACAUCUGAGCCAACAACUACAGCUGCAACAACAACUACAUCUGAGACCACAACUACGGCUGCAACAACAACUACAACAACAACUACAGCUGGAACCACAACUAGAGCUGCAACUACAACUACAGCUGCAACAACUACAGCUGCAACAACAACUACAGCUGAGCCAACAACUACAGCUGCAACGACAACUACAGCUGCAACAACUAAAGCUUUAACACCAACCACAGCUGAGCCAACAACUACAGCUGAGACAACAACUACAGUUGCAACUACAGCUACAGCUGCAACUACAACUACAGCUGCAACAUCUACAGCUGCAACUACAACUACAGCUGCAACAACUACAGCUGCGACAACAACUACAUCUGAGCCAACAACUACAGCUGCAGCCACAGUUGAUCCUACCACAGUUCCAAAUACACCAUCUACAACUCCAGCAACAGAGCCAACUACUGUUGGACCUGGCACCACCCCAGAUGCUACAGCUGAGCCAACAACUACAUCUGCAACAACGUCUAUUACUGAGCCAACAACAACAGCUGCAACUACAACUAUUCCAACAACUACAGCUGCAACAAGAACUACAGCUGAAGGCAGCAGUGCACCAACAACUGCUGGUCCUGGCACCACCCCUGAGGCCACAGUUGAUCCUACCACAGUUUCAAAUACACCAUCUACAACUCCAGCAACAGAGCCAACUACUGUUGGACCUGGCACCACCCCAGAUGCUACAGCUGAGCCAACAACUACAUCUGCAACAACAUCUAUUACUGCGCCAACAACAACAGCUGCAACUACAACUAUUACUGAGCCAACAACUACAGAUGCAACAACAACUACAGCUGCAACAACAACUAUUGCUGAGCCUACAACUACUUCAACAACAGCUGGAGGCAGCACUGCACCAACCACUGCUGGACCUGGCACCACCCCUGAGGCCCCAGUUGAUCCCACUACAGUUCCAAAUACACCGUCUACAAUUCCAGCAACAGAGCCUAACACAGCACCAUCACCUACCACACGAGAGCCAUUAAUCUGCCAGAACGGGGGAACUUAUAAUGGAGACAUUUGUGUAUGCCCUGUUGGAUUUACCGGAGAAAUCUGUGAACAGGGAGAAGUUGCAGUAAGGCCAGAAACAAUUGACAGGGCAGUCGUGGUGAAUGUGGAGGUCAACCAGGAAUACAAUGACAAAUAUGGCGAUGAUGAAUCACAGGAAUACAAAGACUUUAUUGGAAACUUCAUUACAGAGAUGGAGCGGUAUUACCGAUUAAUCGUUGACCACUUUAAAGAAGUGGUGGUUAUUAGUGUCAGCCCUGGAAGUUUAUUGGUGAGAUUCUCCAGGGACACUGUGGAAAAGAGGAGGAAAAGGGAUGACGACGCAGCUGUCUACAGAAACACACCAAGAAGAGUAGGAGUUCAAGUCAAACAUGACGUCAUCCUGGAGAUCCCAAAUAUCUCCAGUCAAGAAGAAGUGUAUGUAAAUGACACCGAAGCGAUUAUGGAGGCUGUUGGUGGCCUCGUAAGCUGCACUGUAGGAUCUUUAGGCUGUCCUGAUUUGGAAAUCACAAAGGAGCCCACAGUGAACACCACCAAACCGGAUCUUGGAUCGUUCUGUGGAAAUCUGGUCAACGAUGAAGAUCUUGCUAUUUUCUACCAGCCUUUUAAUGACAGUGGGAGUCUGUCCUGUGUCAGCGCCUGCAGUCCGAAACAUGACAGUAGAAAAAUAUGCAAGAACAAGGGAACGUGCCAAGUGUUCAAGGUCACCGGACCUGUCUGCCAGUGUGUCGACCUGUCCUCCACCUGGUACAUGGGCGAUGACUGCAGCCUGCCAAUACAGAGGACGGCUUUCUACGCCGGGCUGAGUGUGACACUGGCUGCUCUGUUGGUGCUGGUUGGAGUCCUGGUGGCGUUGACACUGAAGAACAAUCGUACACAGAAGAAGAAGAGAGACAUUAAAGAGCAGCUGGUGAACGACUGGCUUAACGAGGACUUUGGGUGGUCCAGAUCAAGCACUCCCAGUACCGACACGUACAAUAACACUACAUUCACCCAAGAUACAGUAGAAGUCCACAGAGAGGAUCCAGGUGUUAACAGACGAACUCCACCUGGCUACCAACCAAACCGGCCGUCUCCACAGACUGACUACAGACAGUCAGCGAGUCCGUUCUACUCAUCACAACCACCUAACAGACACAACACUCCAUCUUACACCACAGGAUACUCACCGUCUGCAGGACUACAGCCGAGAGUCCCAGCUAACCAGGCGAUGAGGAUCAACAGGCCUCGGAUCAGGACGUCUUCGGACAUCUGAACAGCGCAACCAAAAUGAGGUCCUAGAGAACCAAACA